AUGGACGUGAAGCUCAGCGCGGAGCUCGAGGCGCGGCUGCACCUCGAGAACGUGUUCGAAUCCCCGGAGGAGUGCGCGCGACGCGAGGAAGUUCUGGGCGAGAUCAACGAGGCGCUGCAGGAGUGGGUGAAGGCGGCGUCCGCGGCGAAAGGGAUCGAAGAGGACCUCGAGCCGCGGUGUAACCUGUACACGUUCGGGUCGUACCGGCUGGGCGUCCACGGCCCCGCGGCGGAUAUCGAUACGCUGUGCAUCGGUCCGCGGCAUCUCAGCCGAAGCGAAGAUUUCUUCGGAAGCGAGUGGACGGAGUACGAAGGGAGCUUCUACCUCGCGAUGAAGAACCACCCGGGCACGGACAGGAUCGUCGCGGUCCCAGACGCGGUCGUACCGGAGCUCAAGCUCAUCUUCCGCGGCUUCGAAGUCGACAUGGCGUACACGUCGUUGCCGUCGUUCAUCGCGGUGCCGGAAGAUUUGGACGUGUGCCAGACGUCGAUCCUUCAGAACCUCGACGACGCGUCCGUGAAGUCCCUGAACGGCUGCCGCGUCGCGGAUCAACUCCUCCGGCUCGUGCCGAACCACGCCUCUUUCCGCAUCGCGCUCCGCGCGCUUCGCGUGUGGGCGCGAGAGCGCGGGGUGUAUUCAAACGUGCAGGGGUUUUUCGGCGGCGUGAACCUGGCGAUUCUCGUCGCGCGCGUCUGCCAGCUGUACCCGAACGCCGCGGCGUCGAUGCUCGUGUACUCGUUCUUUCAGCUCUGGGACGCGUGGCAGUGGACGACGCCGGUCAUGUUGACCGCGAUCAUCGAUGAAGGCCACGGGUUGAGGGUGUGGGACGAGCGCGUGAACAAGGCUGAGCGGUUUCAACUGAUGAAGAUCAUCACCCCCGCGUAUCCGGCGCAAAAUUCGACGUUUAACGUGACGCACUCCACGCUGCACGUGUUAAAGCGAGAGUUCAAGCGAGGGAGGGAGACGUGCGCGAAGAUUCUCAUGGGCCAGACGAAGUGGGAGUCGCUCUGGGAGCCGCUGCCGUUCUUCACGAUGCACAAGCACUACCUUCAAGUCACCAUGUGCGCAAUCACGGAGGACGACUUCAAAAAGUGGGAAGGGUGGGUCCACUCGCGAUUACGCAUGCUCGUGCAGGCGGUGGAGACGUGCAGCGGCGGCGCGCUCAUCGCGCACCCGUACCCGGAGCGCAAGCAGGACCCCGCGAAGGAUUCCGCGCUGCACUGCAUCUAUUACAUCGGGUUAGGCCCCGCGCCGCCGCCGACGACGGGCGGCCCCGCGCCUCGAGGGACUCUGAACUUGAACCCCGCGGUUGAGCAAUUUCAGAUGCUCGUGACGUCGUGGGUGAACCGCGCGGACGGCACCGUGCAGUGGCAGCCCGGGAUGGAGGUGCACGUGAAGCACAUGAAACGGAAGGACGUCCCGGCGUGGGCGAUCCCGGACUCCGGGAAGGAAGGGAAGGAGGAGGCGCGAACGCCGGCGGAUCCGAAGGCGGCGGCGGCGGCGAACGAGAGGGCGGCGGCGGCGGCGGCGGCGGCGGCGGCGGCGCAAGCCGCCGCGGAGGAGAACGCGGAGGGUGGCGCCGCCGCCGCCGCGGUCGGGGCGAAGCGCGGGCGCGAGGACGACGCGAACGGGAACGGGGAAGAAGACGCGGAAGCGGGUGCCUCGGCGGCGGCGGACGGCGAGGAGCCGGCGGCGAAGCGCGAGAAGAAGGGCGAGGGCGACGACGCGGCGGCGGCGGCGGCGGAGGACGCGGGCGGUGAGGAUAAAGAGAACGAGACGACGACGACGACGACGGAGACCGCCGCCGCCGCGAUCGAGGUCCCCGAGCCCGUGGAUCACGACGACGACAUCGCGGGGUUGGGCGGGACGCACGACGAGAUCGGCGGCGACGUCGGAGAGCGCGCCGCCGCGAAGGCCAAGGCGCCGGGUGGGAAACUGAAAGUGUCCUUCGCGUCCGUCGUGAAGAGGUGACGCGCUGCGACGACGCGUCGGACGCGUAGACGUUCGCGGCGCGUGUAACGUAAACGGCGCGGUAGACU